ACCCUAAUCCCGUUCCAGUUCCUUCUCUAAUCGAAUCCACGGCUCCUCUCUCUCUCUCUCUGAAGUGCGAGGUUUUCUCUGCUGCAGUGCUCGUUGCCCUAGCAAAUGGACACCGUGCUCUCCCACGCCGCCGUCUCGAGCAGCUUCCUCAGCUCCGUCUUGGAAGCUCUUUUGGCCGAGACCGCCAUUUUCGCAGUCAACGGUCUCGCUUGCUCGCUCCUGAUGAUGAAACCUUUGACAGGUGCAGUCAGCAUCCUUCCAAAAGAACUCGACACAUCUCAAAGCUUCCCCAUUUCUGAGCUGCAUGCUGUGAAGAAACCUGGUCCCGAGAACACAGAUGCCAGCGAAACCGAGGAUGAUGAAGAUGAGGAUGAUGAUGAAGGUGAUGAACAGGAUGACGAUGGAGGCGAGGAAGAGGAUGGCUCAGGUGAAGAGGGUGAGGGAGAAGGGGAUCCAGAGGAUGAGCCCGAGGCCAAUGGAGAGGGGGGAAGUGGAGACGAAGACGACGACGAUGACGAGGAUGGGGACGAGGAGGAAGAUGAUGACGAUGAGGACGAAGAAGAUGAAGAUGAUGACGAUGAGGUACCUCAACCUCCUGCGAAGAAGAGGAAAUGAGAUUUGUAUCAUGCUUCUAAUGGCUCAUGUUUGAUGUGGUCUGGAGGGUAGGUUUUUGCUAGUAUUAGGCUAGAAUUGGAGGAUUUGGGUUUGUAUGCUCGCCUCUUUGCAUUAGAAAAGAUGCUUAGCAUUUUGUCGUGACCCUUGUUCAAUAAUUCUAGUAAUCGCUGUGUUGUGGUCGUGAUCA